GCCGGAUCAAGCCGCCGAGUAAAGUAAUCGAAAAUGGCAUCAACCAUAGAUAAUUUUUUAAAGAAAACAGCUACCGCUGGAAUGGAAGAGUGGCCACGAGAUGCCGUGUUGUACCAACCAUACGAGGAGGAACAAAUUCUGCUGGCCGAAAAUGCCAGUUGUCUCGCGGUACGAACGUAUCUGAAAAUGCUGAACCUUCCCGUGGCUCUAGAACAAAGAGCAAACGCGGAGUUCAUCUCGCCCGGAGGCAAAAGAACAAAGCUCCCGGUGCUGCGUGUCGAAAACUUUAUCUACGCAGAGUUCGAUCAUAUUACUUCGUUCAUCGAACAGAAUUUCAACAAAUCACUCAACGCGUCCCUUUUGCCGGAGGAUAAAGAUCUGUUGCGCUCGUCCCUUUGCCUAGCGGAGCACAUUUUCACCAACGCUGAACAGUACAUCAGCUGGAUGGAUCAGGAGGUGCGUAAUACGGUAACGUUGAAGCGUAAUGGCUGCGUAUAUCCGUUCCCACUCAAUCACAUACAAAAUUGGCGCAAGGAAGCCGCUGUGAAGCGGCAACUUCGCAUGGCAGAUUAUUUGAACGUAAGCCUCGAGAAGGUGAUUGCCGAUGUCGAACAUCUGUGCCAGGAUCUGAGCGAUCGGUUGGGGACCAAUCGAUACUUCUUUGGAAAUGGACCAACGGAAUUAGAUGCAUUAGUCUUCGGGCAUCUAUAUAGCAUUUUCACCAUGAAGCUACCGAAUAACUUGUUGGCGUUAACAAUCAACAAGUACAGCAAUCUGAAUACGUUUUGUCGACAUAUCGACGAAAAAUACUACUCAGUGAAGGAAAACCCCAAAGCGACACGCUAAAGAGUGUUCGGCUGAUGUGUUUCUAAAUACACGUAAAUAUUGAAACGCUUCUUAUCUUAGUUGAUCAUUUGUCGAGCAACAGCUGACAGAGUUGUUAACAUUUAGAGCGUUUUCGCACAUACAGUAAAACAGA